CAUAAAAGCAUGAAAGCAUACAUUUUCUGAUGUGGUAUUAUGCAGGAUAUGACAAAUUAAAGCCGUACGGGUUUCCUAUCCACGGAGCAAUAGACGGAUACAGCCGCAAAAUUUUAUGGCUAGAAGUUGUGCGAUCAAACAAUAAACCCGAAGUUCCAGCCAGAUUUUAUUUGGGCUGUGUAAAAAACAUCGAAGGCUGCCCCCUUGUUGUUAGAAGUGAUUGUGGUACGGAAAAUGGAGUACUUGCGGCCAUGCAGUGUUAUUUUCGAAAGGAUGGAAAUGACGUAUUCGCUGGCCACAACGCCCAUAAAUAUGGAACUUCCUCUGCUAACCAGCGAAUAGAGGGCUGGUGGUCUUACUUUCGCCGAGCCAGAACAGGAUGGUGGAUGGACUUUUUCAAAGACAUGGUUGCUUCUGGUCAGUUAGAAAUAGGGAAUACACUGCAAAUGGAGUGUCUAUGGUUUUGUUUUUCUCCUGUCCUAUCAUGUGAGCUAGAAGCUGUCAAAAUGCAAUGGAACACACAUCGCAUUCGUCCAACAAGAAAUUACGGUACAGUAGCAGGUAUUCCAGAUGUUCUGUAUUAUCUCCCAGGGAAUUUUGGUGCUGCCGAAUGUAAGCGUGCAGUAGCAAAUGAACGAAUUCAUGAAAUGGAGCAACACGCAAUAGGCGACGAGGAGUUUGAUACAUUAGAAAUAUACAAAGAAUAUUUUAAUUACGUACUGGAUAAAGAAGAUCUUAUCUGCCAGCAAAUGCAGCCGAUGCAUUUGAAUUGUAUCUGA